UUUAAGUCAAAAGAUUAAUAAAAAUAUAAUUGAAAAAAAUAAUAAAUGUGAAAUGAAAUACAUGACAAGGAAGAUAAUAUCACAUUUAAUAGAAAAUGCACAAAAAUAUAAGCGGCAUUAAUCAUAAUGUGCAUAGUACAGUACAAUACAAAACAAACUUACAGUUUAUAGAUGUAGUGUUUUUGUGUGCGGAAUGUGAACCAAAGGAUUGGUUAUAUUACUUGCUAUGUAAUGACAUGUAAUGGGAAGAUAUUGCCAAGAAAUAAAAAUGGAUUGGAAAUAUCUGAUCACUGUGUUGCUAUUGUAUGGUGUAAUGCAAGAUGAUGCUGUGCCAGUAACGGGGCAGGCUGGACAGCAUGAAACAGAUUGCCGAGAAACAAUCGCUGGCCAUGAAUACCAAGGCUCCAUCUAUACAACCGAUACUGGCCGACAAUGUCAGCACUGGGAAGCGCAUAUACCACACAUCGGGGAAGGGAGCUCUCUUACCCUUAUACACAUUUUCAAUAACAAGAGUACGGAUAAUUUCUGUCGCAACCCAGAUCCUAGAUGGGAGAAAGGGCCAUGGUGUUAUACGAGUGAUCCCAACAUGCGCUGGGAUAGUUGCGGAGAGACUGUGCCUAUUUGUGCAUGUGUUGGCGCUGUGUACAAUGAGGCCACUCGAUCGUGCUAUCUGAUCCAACAUGACACCAAGCACAACUACAGGAGAACAUACCACCAUCAUAAAGCUGAAUGUGAACAAAGAGGCGGCCAUCUUGUUGACAUCAACACCAAACAGGAGCAAGAAUUCAUCUCAGAAAAUGUCCUUGGUAAACAAAAGGGUAUUUACUACACAGGUGGGACCAAAAUGGCCGACAGCAAUAGCUGGACCUGGAGCGAUGGUAAGCCUAUGAAAUUUAAGAAUUGGUUAAGAGGAUUGCCUGAUGUGCCCGAAGAACAACUAAGAUGCAUAGACGAGGAAUGUAGCGCUGAUCAAGUCACUGUCUUGAUAAAAACGACAUCUUUGUUGAAAUGGACAGCACUUUCUGCGACAUCUGUUUUCAUUUUCCAUAGCAUUUGUGAAAUUGAGGUAAAAUAAAUUGACCAAAUUGUCUAUGAUGCUACAAUGUUUUCAUUUGGCUGUAUCUGUCUUCAUACUGUUACAAAUAAAAAUCUGAAUAAGUAAAUAACUGGUGAAUAUAGUUAUUUUGAUUA